AUGUUAAUAUAUUUUCACCAUUUCUCUUUCUUUCUUUCUUUCUUUCUUUCUUUCUUUCUUUCUUUCUUUCUUUCUUUCUCGUUACUUUUUGAUCAUUUCUUUCACUAUUCUUUCUUUCUUUCUUUCUUUCUUUUAUUUCUCAUUUCUGCCCUUUUAGUGUAUAAUGGCGCUGAUACAUUUCAUCAUGCAACGAACGGCAAAUGUACACGUCAAUACACGCGUGUUUACCUAGCUAUCUUCACACACGGCUGCGUAUUUCUUUCACCCUUUUUUUUUCUCUCUCUCUUCUCUCUCUUUCUCUGUUUCACGUUGGCUUUCUUUCACCCUAUCUCUUUCUCUAUCCAUUUCUUCUUUCUGUCUUUUUUUUCUUUCGCUCAAGCCCUCUCUCACUAUCUAUUUUUCCUCUCCUUCACCCACUCUCUCUUUAAGUUUUCUUUUAAGCCCUCAUUUCUGUCUCUCUUUCUUUUACUGAUAUUUUCUUUCUUUCUCUUUUUCAUCUUUUUCCGUCAGUACUUCUUUGACGUUCUUUUUACUUUUCUCGCUUUCAAUCUCCUUCUUUCAUGGUUUCUUUCUUUCUUUCUCUCCCUCACUUCUUUUUUUUUCAUUCACUUCUUUCUCGCUUUCUGUGCUUUACACAAUCAUUCAUUCAUUCUCUUCUUUUUUAUCUCCCUUUUUCACUCAGGUUUUCAUUCUAUUCUUUUGCUUUUUAACUCUCUCUUUCUUGCUUUCACACUUCUUUCUGUAUUUUCCUUCUCAAAUUCAUGCUACUUUUCUCGUCACUCUUUCUGUCUUUCUUCCCUUUCCUCAUCACUAUUUUAUUCUUUCUUUCUUUCUUUCUUUCUUUCUUUCUUUCUUUCUUUCUUUCUUUCUUUCUUUCUUUCUUUAGUUUUCUCAUUCUUAUUUCCUUCAUUUAUUCUUUCUUCCGUUCUACACUUUUCUCGUCACUCUUUCUGUCUUUUCUUCCCUUUCCUCAUCACUAUUUUAUUCUUUCUUUCUUUCUUUUCUUUUUUUUCUUUUUUUCUUUCUUUAGUUUUCUCAUUCUUAUUUCCUUCAUUUAUUCUUUCUUCCGUUCUAGACUUUUCUCGUCACUCUUUCUGUCUUUCUUCCUUUUCCUCAUCACUAUUUUAUUCUUUCUUUCUUUCUUUCUUUCUUUCUUUCUUUAGUUUUCUCAUUCUUAUUUCCUUCAUUUAUUCUUUCUUCCGUUCUAGACUUUUCUCGUCACUCUUUCUGUCUUUCUUCCUUUUCCUCAUCACUAUUUUAUUCUUUCUUUCUUUCUUUCUUUCUUUCUUUCUUUCUUUCUUUAGUUUUCUCAUUCUUAUUUCCUUCAUUUAUUCUUUCUUCCGUUCUACACUUUUCUCGUCACUCUUUCUGUCUUUCUUCCCUUUCCUCAUCACUAUUUUAUUCUUUCUUUCUUUCUUUCUUUCUUUCUUUCUUUCUUUUCUUUUCUUUCUUUUAACUUUUCUCGUCACUCUUUCUGUCUUUCUUCCUUUUCCUCAUCACUAUUUUAUUCUUUCUUUCUUUCUUUCUUUCUUUCUUUCUUUCUUUCUUUCUUUAGUUUUCUCAUUCUUAUUUCCUUCAUUUAUUCUUUCUUCCGUUCUAGACUUUUCUCGUCACUCUUUCUGUCUUUCUUCUUUUUCCUCAUCACUAUUUUAUUCUUUCUUUCUUUUCUUUCUUUCUUUUCUUUCUUUCUUUCUUUCUUUUAGUUUUUUCUCAUUCUUAUUUCCUUCAUUUAUUCUUUCUUCCGUUCUAGACUUUUCUCGUCACUCUUUCUGUCUUUCUUCUUUUUCCUCAUCACUAUUUUAUUCUUUCUUUCUUUCUUUCUUUCUUUCUUUCUUUCUUUCUACACUUUCCUCGUCACUAUUUUUUCUUUCUUUACUUUUCUCAUCACCACUUCAUUCAUUCAUUCAUUCAUUAUUUUAUUCUUUCUACAUUUUCCGCAUCACUCUUUCUUUUUUCACUUUACUCAUCAAAAUUUAUUCAUUCUUCAUUUUUUUCUACACUUUCCUUAUCACUCUUUCUUUCUUCUUUUUCCUUUCUUUCUUUCUUUCUUUCUUCUUUUUCCUUUCUGUCUUUCUUUCUUUCUUUCUUUCUUUCUUUCUUCCAAUUUUAUUGUAUCUAUCUAUCUAUCUAUCUAUCUAUCUAUCUAUCUAUUUCUCAAUUCAUUCUUAUGCAUUUAAGUCUAUUCAUAUCUAUCGAUCUCAAUUCAUUCUUAUGUAUUUAGGUCAUUUCAUAUCUAUCUAUCUAUCUAUCUAUCUAUCUAUCUAUCUAUCUAUCUAUCUAUCUGUCGUAUUACACUAUCUAUCUCAGACUAUUCAUAUCUAUCUAUCUAUCUCAGACUAUUCAUAUCUAUCUAUCUAUCUAUCUAUCUAUCUCAGACUAUUCAUAUCUAUCUAUCUAUCUCAGACUAUUCAUAUCUAUCUAUCUCAGACUAUUCAUAUCUAUCUAUCUAUCUAUCUAUCUAUCUAUCUAUCUAUCUCAGACUAUUCAUAUUCAUCUAUCUAUCUAUCUAUCUAUCUAUCUAUCUAUCUAUCUAUCUAUCUAUUUGUUGUAACCUAG